AUGGGUCGCCGACCGGCUAGGUGUUACCGGUACAUAAAAAAUAAGCCAUAUCCGAAAUCACGUUUCUGUCGAGGAGUCCCCGACCCAAAGAUUCGUAUUUUCGACCUCGGCAAGAAGAAGGCUAGCGUUGAUGAGUUCCCGUGCUGUGUGCACAUGAUGUCGAACGAACGAGAGCAUCUUUCGUCUGAAGCUCUUGAAGCAGCUCGAAUCUGUGCCAAUAAGUACAUGGUGAAGAAUUGCGGAAAGGACAGUUUCCAUCUUCGUGUGCGAAAACAUCCAUACCAUGUCACCCGAAUUAACAAAAUGUUAUCAUGCGCUGGCGCUGAUCGUUUGCAAACGGGUAUGCGCGGAGCCUAUGGAAAGCCUCAGGGUUUGGUAGCUCGUGUCGACAUCGGAGAUAUCCUCUUCUCCAUGCGCGUCAAGGAAUCGAACGUUAACCAUGCCAUCGAAGCUUUCCGUCGUGCCAAAUUCAAGUUCCCUGGCCGACAGUUGAUCGUCGUUUCGCGUAAAUGGGGCUUCACUCGUUGGGACAAGGCUGACUACGAACGCAUGCGCGCAGAAGGCCGUUUGCGAUCUGAUGGAGUUGGAGUCCAACUUGUACGUGAACAUGGUCCUCUAGAAAAAUGGGUGAACAACCCUAUUUAA